AUGGCCCCACGAAAUACACAGCCGUGCAGUUUCACAAGCCAGGUUUACGAAAAGGCUGGUGUAGAUGAUCCCGGUCAUUUCGCGGACUCACAAAUUCGCCAACCCACUAUCGACGAGGCUCGUUCAACAGGGGAUGAAGCUGAUUAUAUGAAUAAUCCAGAGGACUUCGAAAAACAUGAUAGCGCUAACAUACAUACAUUAUCACUGAAGCCCUUAGAAAAGCUAGGAUGGCUACCUCUCCUGUCAUUCUGUCUGGGGCCCUUCAUAUCAUUUAUUAUAGUGGGAUUCCUCGUCUUCCUCUGGACGCGGAGUUCCGCAAAGAUCUGGCUAACUAUUGUCACCGCCGGUUGGACAUCACGAUCAAUCACACUUUGCGCGUUGAUCAUUCGGAUCGUGGUCGACCUAAUGACAGGAUUCUCUGCCUCCAUGCUUGCUGCUCAAAUACUAGAAAGGGGGUCUGUCUAUCUGGGCGGUCUAGCUAAUAUUUCUCUUAUGAGAGCUACUACCCCAUCUCUCUCAAGCUUGAUACUAUCUUUUCGUCAAGUAGGAAGCAAAACCGAAAGCCUAUCCCCUAUAAGCCUUAUGUUGCUUCUUGCUAUUCUUAUGUUCACACUUCAGUUUUCAUCAACAAUUCUCCUCUCGGACCUUCAACCAGGCAGCUUGAUUGGACUUCCAGAUACCACUCAUUAUUCCUAUGAUUUGGAUUGGGGGUGGGAAACUAACUCUGUUAUAGCGCGGGUCGGUGGUCAAGGCAUCUACAAUUCUAGUCUCGGUCCAUACUCUCUUUCAUCUGGCCCUGGAAUUGCAUUUUUACCAUCGGUCUGGACUCGGAGGCCCGAGAGUUUUCCUAUAUUUGCUGAACAUAGGGAACCCCUUCCCGCAAAACCCAACGUUGAUGACACUGGUUAUAAUUUUAGAUCAUUCCUUCCAUUCUCGGACACUGAGCAAAGAAGGAGAAUAUCCAGCUUUCGAGGUCCUUCUUUUGUUCUGGAUUCGAGGGUGUCAUGCCAGAAACCCAUUAUAUCAGCCUUGAACACAAGUCACGCCGACACGCUAUGGUAUGAACCUAAUGCCUGGUAUACGAUAACAGGAAAUGUCUCCAAUUCUACUGAAAUUGAUGAUCUAUGGUUUCCGAGAGAUGUUUCGAAGGAGAUUCCUUUUACAUGCCAACACAGGGUGUUGUCGCAAUGGUACCCGUCUCUAGACGAGAGCACGACUGCUCAGCGAAAUAUUGGAUUCGAGAUAUGUCCGAUCCAAAGUAAUUACCAUUAUGUCAAAUUACCAAAUGAGCUAGACCCUGGAACUGUCGUUGUGCAGAAGACCGAGGCCGCGGGAAGUCUCCGUAGUCAGCUUUACAACUAUACGGUGACCGAUCAGGCUCCCUCCCGCGGACCAGCUUUUCUCGUUAUCGCGUCGAACUGGACAUUGAGUCAGCCUGAAUAUGAACCCUUUACGAAGCUUCGAGUCAAGAUGGAUAACUCUUCUAACCACAAUUCUCCUUUUACCGAAGACGUUCUAUUUUCCUUAUGUUAUACGUCGUGGGAAUCAGCUGCCUCGUAUAUUGAAAUGGAUACCCCAUCGCCACUAAAGGAAGAGGCGUCAAUCGAAUAUCGAACUGAUAAACACACAUACGACUUCGUUGACGUCAGUUCGAUACUGGCCCAUUACGGCUUGGGGCCUUCAAGCUCCUCAACCGCUACGCUUAGUCUCUCGAAGCCCAAAUAUAACAGUUCCCUUGCCUAUCCCUUUCAACAAUUCUGUCUCGAAAAGAUGGUCACUAACCCGGACUUCAACCCCCUAUUGCAAGGCUGGGGGGUGAUCCUAGACAAGAACAGAGCGGAUAAUAUCUCCUCAAAUGACUACUAUCAAGGCCUUUCCGCAGACUUAAUCGUACCUGGAGAUUAUUCCAAGUUUUUCGAGGCACCACUAUUUAGGACCUGGGCCCCCGUCUUGGGAAACGAGACAAUCGGCCUCUACAAUGCCCGAAACUUGCCUAGCGAAUUGGUUCCAGACAUCACAAAGCUGCCGGACCCGAUCAUUCAGAAAUUCUUCAUAGACGCGAUGAACGUGACCGGUAAUUCGCCGGCCUCCAGCUUAUCCGGAUUACUGACGCUGCUCUCGUCCAUGGCCUACUACGAGCUCAUCCCCCUAUUCAGGAAGAACGGGACGGCGGACGUCACCCUCUUCGAGGUAGUAACGUACCCGCAAUCGUGGCGCGGCCUGACCGCCGUCGUCUCGCUGCUCGCGGCGCACCUGCUGGUCUGCGCGGUCAUCCUCUAUACCUUCCUCACCCGGACGCGGCUCACAAGGCUCGGCAGCUCGUGGUCGAGCGUCGCGCAGAUCUACAGCGCCGGGACGCAGACCCUCGUGCGGGACGGCACGCUGGCUUCGGACGACGAGGUGCAGGAGCACUUGGCGGAGAAGGGGAGGGCGCGGCGGCUCGUGAGGGUUUCUCUGGUUGCGGAUGGCGAGAACGAUAGGUGCGAACCUGUCUUUGUACAAGGGGGAGAUGAUAAAGCGUGUUCUUAG